CCUCUUUGUGCGCAUGCGUUGUGGGUCCAUCCAGAUGUAAACAAAGACGAGAAUAACGAUUGGGAAGAACAAGUACCCCAGAGUCUAUAUAUAAUCUAACAGAGAUGAGUUCCUCCUCAGAGGACGACAGCCACAUGAUUGUGAAGGAAGAGGACAUGGGGGACGACAUGGACCUCUGGGAGUCUCAGCCGCGGAGGUCGGCCUUUUCGCCCUAUAGGCCAGUAACUGUGCUGACGAACUUGCAACGAGGCAACAUUCAGACUCACACCCCUCAGGUGGAGCCCGAGGACUUCACCCUCCACAUCCGCUCAGCUAUGGGGGAACUCUCAGCCGAUGACCUAAGAGACGUGGAGGUAGAUGAAGUGGACGGCAACGGCUUCUCCCCAAUCAUGUGGGCGGCAUCUUACGGGCAGCUCCCCACCGUCAGGCUCCUCAUUCAGAACAGGGCCAAGGUCGACAUGGAGGGGGAAGAUGGAGAAACUGCUCUGCUCCUCUCCUCUGCCAAUGGUCACCAUGAGAUUGUCAAGCUUCUAAUCAACUGUGGAGCCAAUCCUAAUCAUGUUGAUCAUAUGGGGAACACUGCACUCAUGUAUGCUGCUCAUAAUGACCACUCACAUUGUGCCAAUGAGCUGCUUGAACACGGGGCAGAUUUAUCAACAACUAAUGUAGCUGGCAUCACUGCCUUCCACAUUGCUGUGACUCGGGGAAGCAAGCAAGUUCAGCUCAUCAUGGAAAGGCAGUUGCUGAAACUUGUGGAACCUUCUUGAGUGUUUGUGCAUGACAGGCAUUUGUGAAUAUUAGCCCAAGAGGAAUUUUGAUUGCCAUGAGACCUGGCUGUUGUGCACUACAAAACUUUUUUUUUUUUAGUGUGUGUUCAUCAGCAUUUUUUCUUCCUUUUUUUAUUAUUCACUACAGAUAAAAGUGUUUUGUUUGUUUGUUUUAAAGGAGGCGAGUUGAGUUUUGUGCCAUGAAUAUUUUUGGUAUGUCAUAUUAGUUAUAUUUUCUCACAAGAACAUCAUUUUUAUGUGUGAUAGAUUUCCCAUUUACAUUCUUGGUAACUUUCUCUUCUCAACUUACAUGAAUAUAUUUAGCAUUACAGGCUCAUUUUACAAUAUACUCUUGUAAUCUAAAAAAAAAAAAAAGAAUGUUACAAAAUAUAUGAUGUAUAUUCCAUCAUCAGUUUUAUAUUAUUUAAGAGUUUAUUCUUUUAACUUUGAAGCUUUUUUUAAUAGAAAGUAGUAUUCAUGAUGUAUUGUAUGCUGUAUUGUAUGAUUAGGUAUAUUAAUUUGGUGCUUCAACUUGUUCUCAAUAAUUUGUAUAUUACAGAGGUAAAUAUAUUUUUCAAUGUA